AAGUCUUACAGUUAUCUCCGCCGUCCGAUCUAAGGAGGAUGCUGUUAAUUUUAUAGUUUUAUAGUCGUGCGGUGAUCACAGAUUCAAGCCGCUGCAGAAAUACACCGAUAUUUUAACUUCUCGAGCGGGCAUAAAAUCUGUUCCUGUUCCUUCCUCUGGGGAAAUGCGCGUGUGAGUGGGUGUGUCGAGCGAGUUUAAACUUUACGAUGAGUUAAAGUUUGAUCAUGGCCGUGUGGACCCGCGCGGAAAAACAGGGUCAUCUGGACCUUCUUCUGAGCGACCGCUGGGUUCGGGUCACCGCGGAGCUCACGCGGGACACGCUCACCCUGACGGCGGAGGGUGAACCGGGCGGGCCCGGGGGCUACUCGGAGCACAACUCUCAUUUAAGAAACGGCGUUUCUAAUGGCAACGAACAGAACCGAGAUGUUUAUCAGAGCCGCGGGCAAUACGACAGUCAACGGGUCAACGGAUCCGACUCGGAGUCCAGCGGUUAUUGUGACCCGGAUGGGGUUCGGAGGGUUCGGAUAGUCAAGCAGGAGUCCGGCGGACUGGGAAUCAGUAUUAAAGGGGGACGGGAGAACCGUAUGCCCAUCCUCAUAUCGAAGAUCUUCCCUGGUUUAGCGGCGGAUCAGAGUCGAGCCCUGCGGGUUGGCGACGCGAUCUUGUCCGUCAACGGCAGCGACCUCCGCGACGCCACGCACGACGCGGCGGUGCAGGCGCUGAAGAAGGCCGGGAAGGAGGUGACGCUGGAGGUGAAGUACAUCAGGGAGGUGUCUCCACUCUUUAAGAAGUCCUCUGUAAGUGCAGAUCUGCCUUGGGAUGGCCGUCUUCAGUCCCCGAACCUCAGCAGCAGUGACGAGUCACCCAAGAGCAGUGUAAGCCGCGACAGGAAAGUCAUCCCACUCAAAAUGAGCUUCAUCAGCCGAAACCUCACCAUGCCUGACCUGGAAAACAGGCUGCUGGAGCUACACUCUCCGGACGGCCAGCAUACUGUGGUACUGCGGUGUAAAGACGGGGCCUCCGCUCACUCCUGGUUCACGGCCAUUCACACAAACGUUGCUGCCCUACUGCCGCAGACGAUGGACCACAUCAACUCUUUCUUGAGCAACCCCGGCGGCAACACGCACUGCACACUCAAAAAUAUUGGCUGGCUAGCAGAGCAGCUGGAGCUGGACGGUGGGCGGCAUCAGUACAGACGAGUGGUCAUGGCGCUCACGGAGAAAGACCUCCUGCUCUUCCAGUCGGUGCCGUGGACCUAUGAGAGCUGGACCUCUCCUCUCCUGACACACCCACUGCUCGCCACGCGGCUGGUUCACUCGGGCAGCGUCCGCAGCUCUCCGGCUCUGGGGGGAGAUUUGGUGUUUGCCACGCGCACGGGCACCGGCCGGGGCGUCGAAUCUCACGUGUUUCGCGUGGAGACGCACUGGGAUCUGUCCACAUGGACACGCGCGCUGGUGCAGGGCGGACAUCUGGCUGCUGAGCUCAUCAAAGAGGUCUCCAUAGGCUGCGUGCUGAACAGACAAGACGUGCGUCUGAUCCUGCACUACGACAGAGGCUUCACUGUGAAGCGGGAGUCUGGCGAAUCCGUGCUCUUCCACUUCCCCUACGAGCGGCUCAAGAUGUCCGCAGACGACGGAGUCAGGAACCUCUACCUGGACUUCGGCGCUCCAGAAGGCGAGAUGGUGUUCGAACUUCACUCGGGGCCGAAGCCUAUGGUCUUUGUCCUUCAUUCUUUUCUCUCAGCCAAACUGGCUCGUUUGGGACUGCUCACAUAAAAUCAACCACGAACGAUGGAGGUUCAUUCGUUUCAUUGAUUUGACUGCUAGUGUUUUACUCGUACGGUGUUUUCUCUUCUAGCCAACACAAGAGAGAGAGAGAGAGAGAGAGAGCUAGUGGCAACAAAACAAUCCCAGUUUCCUCUGUUCAGGAACACCAGCUGUGCCUUUUUCGUCUAGAGCCAAGAAGCUUUUAACAGUCACUUUCAGGCUUAAGCUUUGCAGAGUAACCAAAAUGAACACAUUAUUCUUGUAUUAUCUAUGCUGUUUGUUUCUCGCGUGGCAAAGACUGUUACAUCCGUGCUAUAAUCUGAACAAAUAUGUAUCGUUUGAACGCGGAUGGAUAAAAUGAAGCUUUAAAUACGUUCCGUCACGACUGACCAAAAAUAACCUCUUUUAAAGUUAAAACUCGGAAGAGGCGUUAGAUCGGUUUAACUAAUAUUUUCAAAUAAUCUAAAUUAUAGGAAUAGUUAUUACUUUUGUCUAUUUUCUACAUGUCAUGAGAAAUACUUUUUUUUUUUCGACAUUUCGACCGAAUCGGCUCCAGGCCUUGAUUUUUAUUUAUUUUUUUUUUUUUAUGUUUUUGCAUUAAUGAUCAGCUUUAGACGCGCGUUUAGCACCUUAUUCCAAGCUUCCCGCCGUCUUAAAAACCUGGAAAUAUCAGGGAAUUUUAGAGUUCUGUUUUCCAGGUUUGGAAAUGUGAAGGAAAUGAAUUAAAACUUAUCAGCCCUAUUUCUAUAGUCAAUAUAUGUUUUCUAGUUGUAUUUAGCUCUGAAGAACUUUUUGCUUUUUUUGUGAAAAUCUCGAUAAAAUGGCUUUUAACAAUCCUAAUUUGGUAUUUAGGCGAGACUGGAGAAGUCUGAGAUUUAUCGGUCGUGAAGUGUGUGGGGACCGUCACGUUUUUUAGCACUGAUGUGUGGUUUGUCAUGGUGUGUGCGUUUUGUUUAUCACUAUAAUAUCAGUAUAUACUCUUUAUUAACGUUCUAUAUUUUCUGUAACGCAAACCGAAUCCGAGCGUGCGAUAUUAACCGAUCACUUCAGUCGUAGGUGCCAUAGUUUAGUUUUUUCGGUCCUGAAGAUGCUCCCUCGUAAGUAUACUGCAUUAGACAACGUGCAUAAUGGCGGCAGCACGUUCUAGUAGAAAAAGAAUACGACAGGCGAUAACGUAUUAAAUACGAGACGAACGGCAUUUUAUUCUUAACCGCUGCUCAAGCUUAACGGGAACAAUAUUUCUAUAAUAGCUUUAUUUUAGCACAAGGCUCACUCCGCAAGUGAAAUGCAAAAAAAAAAAAAACAAAUGUAUCUGCGCAAGGACCACACGUACCACCUCUUUGACGUUUCAAGUGCCCUUAAUCUUUCGUAUUUUAUUGUACAUACUAAUAUUUCAAAUCGAGAGAGUUUUUACUCAAGUGGAAAUCUUCCUUGUUACUUCUGAAGUGUCCAUGAAAUGAAAGGUGUGAUGCUUUCAGCUGCAUUUAUUGAUCAGUCAUUGGUUCUCUCGCAUCGUUUCCCUUCACGUUAGGACAUCAGACUGCUUAUUGAGGACCCACUGCAUUGUGCAUCGUCUUAAAUAUGAAAUGGUGUUAGUGCUGUCAAACGAUUAAUUGCAUAUAUUGUAUGUGUGUAUGUGUAUAUACACAUACAUAUUGUACACAUGCGCAUGUAUUUAUUUUAGAAAAAUGUUAUAUAUAUAUAUACACCUGCAAACACAUGUAAUAGUUUUCAAUAUAUAUAUAUACUGUAUGUGUAGACAAAAAGUUUAUUAUCGUUUAACAGCGCUAUUAAACACUCCUGCCCAGGUUUACAGAUUGCACAGAUGAAAUGUUUGGAGAUGUCCUUAGCUUGAAUUGUGACAUGACCAAUGCUUUAAACUCCGAAUGUAUUUUAUAAACCCCUA